AUUCUGGCAAAAUCGAUGAUGAUGAUGAUAACGCCCCAAUAAACCAUCCGGAUCAUCAUUACACCGGAUCCGAACCCGGUUUCUCAGCCGCCGUGGAGACCAGAAACCGAUGCUAAAAGUUCAAAGUCGGAUACCCACUUCCACACGACACGAAUCCCAAAAGACUCCUCACGCCUCACGGUUCAGUUGCGUCCCACAAGGAAACAAAUCUCGAAUCUUCUUUUUCUGGCUUCCCGUGAACGAGAUCCAGUGGAGAGCUCAAAGGAGGCGAUCGGUAAUCGGCUCUCCAGUUUUGCUGUGAAGUAAUGACGGACAAGCAAGAGGUGGAGCGGAGCGGGAGCGGGAGCGGGAGCGGGACCGAGAGCGGCGACUACACGUCGGAGGAUGAGGGAACGGAGGAUUACAGGCGCGGCGGUUACCACGCAGUCAGAAUCGGAGACACCUUCAAGAAUGGACGUUACGUCGUCCAAAGCAAGCUCGGCUGGGGCCAUUUCUCGACCGUUUGGCUCGCCUGGGACACUCAAGUCUCGCAAUAUGUAGCACUGAAAGUACAGAAAAGUGCUCAGCACUAUACCGAGGCAGCCAUGGAUGAGAUAACCAUCUUGCAACAGAUUGCAGAAGGAGAUCAAGAGGAUAAGAAAUGUGUAGUGAAGCUUUUGGAUCAUUUUAAGCAUUCAGGUCCAAACGGACAGCAUGUUUGUAUGGUUUUUGAAUACUUGGGUGAUAAUCUUUUGACGGUCAUCAAGUACAGUGAUUACCAUGGCCUGCCCAUUCAUAUGGUUAAGGAGAUUUGUUUCUAUGUUUUGGUGGGUUUAGAUUAUUUGCAUAGAGAACUUUCUAUUAUACACACUGAUUUAAAGCCAGAAAAUAUUUUGCUAUUAUCAAUGAUAGACUCAUCUAAGGACCCCAGGAAGUCAGGUGCUCCUCCUAUCCUUCCCAGUAGUAGGGGUAAGAGUGCAGUGGAGUCCACCAAAGAUGCUAAGACGUUAAAUGGGGAUUUAACUAGAAAUCAGAAGAAAAAGAUUCGAAGAAAGGCUAAGCAAGCAGCACAGGGAUGCAUGGAGAAAGAAGUUUCUGCAGAAGUUGAUGCAGAUCCUGAGACAUCUGGUGCAGUUGAAUCAUCUCUAAAUGGUAAUGUUGAAGAAAAUUUGUCAGGUUCUGUCGAUACAAAUAGAUUAUCUGAUACUGAUGCCACUAAAGGUGAUGGGCAAGUCAGUCAGGGUACUAAGAGAGGAAGCCGCUCAACAAGGCGUAAGCUGUUGAAAUCAGUUGACCUGAAGUGCAAGUUGGUUGAUUUUGGGAAUGCAUGUUGGACAUACAAACAGUUCACAAGUGAUAUUCAGACAAGACAAUACAGGUGUCCUGAGGUGGUCCUGGGAUCUAAAUAUUCUACUUCAGCAGAUCUUUGGUCUUUGGCUUGUAUUUGUUUUGAGCUUGCAACAGGUGAUGUGCUUUUCGAUCCCCACAGUGGUGACAACUUUGACAGAGAUGAGGUAUAUUCCUCUUCUUUUCCUAUCUAGGAUGAUAGAGUAUCUAAAUUACUUAUGAAAUAUGCUUGCAGAGUUGUCCUCUGGAUGACAAUUUGGAAAUGUCUUGCAGUAUUCUGCAUUUGCCUGAUUUAAGGAUAAAAUAAAUGUGAAAAUUAUUU